ACCAACUCAUGCCAGCGAGUUACCCACGUCUAUCAGUGCGGGGGCAGACGGGGAUCGGACGAAGCCUUUGAUAACUCAAUAUAAUGCCAUCUUACCCCAAACUCAUCCAGUUUGCGGACCUGGAGGAGAUGAUGUGCAAGCAGUUACUCAAUCUCGACCUGAGGGAGUCAGACAGACGGCUACCAUCCCGCAGUCUGGCAAUGGGAACCCCAGGUUACAACGGUCAGCCACGUAGCAACACAUCAUUUUCUCUAUCAUCCCUCUGUCUCCCCACUGACCCUUCUGUCAGUGUAUUUUUGACCUCCAGCCAAAGGGGGCAGCAGUCAGAAAGCUGGCUGCCCUCCCAGCUUUCUGAUUCCUCCCAGUGGGGAAAGUCAGGCUUCCUUGCCCAGCGCUCUGUCAGCAUGGUAGAGACUAGCAGCACUACAGCAGCAAGUCUAGGCUGGCCCGGGACUGACAUAAAGCACUCCCAAAGUGACAUCAGUCCCACUGCACUCAACGCUAGCUCCUCCUCGUCCACCUCAUCCAUUUCCACCUCCUCUUCCUCAUCACGCUAUAAGACUGAACUGUGUCGAUCUUUCACUGAGAACGGGUUGUGCAAGUAUGGUGGGAAGUGCCAGUUUGCUCAUGGGCCAGAAGAGCUGCGGGAUCUUAACAGACAUCCAAAAUACAAAACUGAGCCAUGCCGUACGUUUCACACCAUCGGCUUCUGCCCGUACGGGAUCCGCUGCCACUUUGUCCACAACAGUGAGGAAGAAAAGAAGCACUCCUCUCGCUCUUCCUCAUCUUCAUCCUCCUCCUCCUCCUCAAGCAUUCCCCAGCAGCCGCCUUGCUCCUCCCACACACACAGACCUCCUCUUGUCAGACAGAGCUUCAGCUUUGCUGGAUUUCCCUCUGCUCCUCAGCAAGCCCUUCAGCAUGCCCUCUCUGGUCAUCCUCCUCCUGCCACCGCGUCUUUCACACCUGAUCUCUCGGCCUCUCCUCCUUCCUGCGCUGACAUAACUGACCUCCUGUCUCAUGCCUUCCUGGAGAUGGACUCUGCCUUCGAAGCUUCCACUACCCACCAGUACCAACCUCCCAUGGGCCACGCCACUGCAGCAGAUCUCCAGUCUCCAUUUUUGCCUUCCCCAGACUCCGGCUGCUCUCCAUGUGGACUCUCUCCGACCGGCUCCCCUUCCCUGAGGCAAAGUCCCAGUGCCACUGGAGUCUUUUCAGGACCACUGGGUGCUAGAUCCCUGUCCUACACCUCUCUGUCAGACCAGGACCAAGACGGAAGCAGCUCUGCAUGCUCACUCAGUGGCUCCGAAUCCUGCGGUGGCAUUAACGAAAGCAACGCCAGACGUCUGGCUGUAUUCAGUCAGCUCUCUGUUCCCUAGGACGCUACUGGGCUCUGCCUUUAGGCAGAAACACAGACACAAACAUACAUAUUUACACACAUUCAGACAUGCAGACCCUGGACACGCUGUUGAGACACAAUAUAUGCAGCACACACAUAUCCAUGCUCAAGCACACAUAAUCUUGCAUUUGACACAUAAAUGCACAUUCCCCUCUCACACAGAGCCACAGGGCCGACACCUCAGACAUCCUUUGCACCUGUGUGGCGUCAAAGGAAACAAAGACUUAAGUGACUGACUCAGCACACUGACAGAAAAUUGCCUGUUAGAUUUAUGGCUAAAUUGCCGCUGUCAUGUGAUUAAGGGAAGCCACGGUGAUGUAGAAAUUAAAAUGUGUUGCCACCAAAACAGAGUACAUAUCAAGAUAGAAGUCUAAAAGUGGUGGAGGUGUUUGAUGCUUUAUCGAAAUAGUAAGUCGAGAUGGCAGAUUGCGAGACAGAUAUUUUAAUCACAGUGUGAUUGUCCUCAGUGCCAUUUGUCGUUUAGUCCAACCUCUCCAUUCAUAUUUACAUUUUAUCAGCCUCUUCCGAGUGUUUAAAAGAAUGUGAUAAAGCCAAAGACAUCUGUUUGUAGCUGAAAUGUUUUCAUUAUGGUGGGACAAACACAUAAUGUGACCUACGUUCUGUAGUUGUUGUUUUUCCGUUAACUGUACACAGUAUUGUGUUGAUAAGCUGGUGAAAUUGUUAUUUUUUUUCCCCUCAUAACUGCACAGUCUGAGGUUGUGUGUCUAUCACUGGCCUCGAACCUGAAUGUUAAGUUUUUAAACAGCUCAAGUGCCUGUAUGGUUAUUUUAACAGGUCAUGUUAGUGUUGAACCAAGAUUUGCUGGGUUGUUAGGAGAGAUGUGAGAUCUGACGAGGGAUGCGAGUCUUUUAAUUUCCUUUUUUUUUUUUUUCUUUUAGUCACAUAAGCUAGUAUGAGUUCAGGUCUCUAUCUUGUUUAAGAUACCUAUAAAAGUGUUGUUCUUCUGUCUCUCAUGCAUUGUUGACAAACUGCCACAAGUAAAAUGCCAAAUGACCAAAUUUAACCUGCCCUACGAGAGGAGGAGGAGGGGCUUGGUAUGAGCUUACAACAAAAGCCAAAUGGGCUUGAUCGUACUUUUUCAAAUCCCAUGUUCAUGACAUAUCGUUUGUCUGUAUGACUUGCCAGCUGAGAAAACAGAGCAUGGGAAUUUUAUGGGCUUUCAUAUGUGAAGUGUGCCAGUAGAAACAGCAGGCAUUGAAGAAAAUCCAUCUGUACUGGCAGUCUAAGGUGGACAAAAACAUAAAUGAGAUGCCAUCACACUAUUGUGCGUGUUAUUUUGUGUAAUUUGAUGAGGUGUGAGCUCAGCUUGGGUUUCAAGGCACUUGGCUCAGAAGUAAAGUUUAACCAAGUCAAAUGACUACUUCACAAAAGCCCUGUUUUUUUGGGGUUUUUUUUUACCUCUGGCAAGUUUUCCAAAACAUUAGUGGUGCUAGUAUGUAUUUUAGAUUAUCUUAAACACAAACAUUCCCAGGCGUGGGAUUUAUUUCCUCCCUUGUCCACAGGCACCACUGAUGUUACAUUUUUGAUGAAUAUUCAUGUUUUUGUGACUCACCCCAUUACUUUCCAUCUCUCUGUCAUUCAGUAUUAAUUCUUCCUGUUCUGGCUUUGUACUGUUACAAAUGUGACGCGAGUCGCAUCCGUGAAUACUGUGCUCCCAGGUGUGUUGCCUUACUGUGCUAGAUCCAGCAUACUGUAGGGUUAGAGUACAUAUGCUUAGUGUUUUAGAAAUUGUUUCUCAGCUGUUUUGUGUGUUUAUGAUGUAGUUUGUUAGAAGAGCGGACACUGUGCUGUUACUGGUCUAUUUAAAAUUGCCUUUUCAUCAACAUGUUUGAGGCCUGUUCAGUGUUGAAGGUGAUAAUCUUUAGUAAAUUAAUUUCUUUAAUUUAUUUUAACGUAUUUAUAGAGGACUUUGAGUUGUUAAUGCUUGUAUCAAGUUUAAUAUAUUUGGGUUUCUUUUGCUUCUUUUG